AUGGAUACGGACGCGCUAACAAAGGGUCCAUCUCCCAAACAACAAUCCCCAACAUCCACAUCGAAGAGUCUUCCCUCACCUCCCACAGAUCGCCCCUUAUCCUUCCAUAAUGCUUUCAGGGUCUAUCACCGCGAACAACUUAGCAACUCGAGCGUCGAGACUCCUGUUUUCUCCCCUUCCACCACCACCACCACCACUGCUACCAAAGACGACGCUGCACCCCUCCGCACGCUUGACGAUGUCCGCGACCAAGUCGCCGAGAAGAUCGCCGUGCGCGCGCUGCGCAAAGUCAGGCUCGUUGACGAGGUAAAAGUCGCGGUCGUCCUCACCUUCUCCAAGAAGGACGAUGCACAGUUUCUGCGUCAGGUAGCAGAGCACCUGCAUCGCAUCCUCGCGCUCAAGGAGUACCUCUUCGCGAUCGCCACGACGGGCGCUGGUCCGACGUCGCUCCUCAUUUGCGGGUCCGCAUCCGUGCACGUACAGCGCGCGGCGCUGCUCGCAUCGUCCAAGUUCGUCGGACGGAUCCAGCCGCUGUACGACGAGGGCACGCGGUGGAUCGCGCGCGUGCACAAGAUCGGCUGGACCGCGUAUGAUGAGGCCGCGCUCUGGGAUGUCAUGCAGAAGUCCGCGCAGCGCCUCAUCGAUCCAUUGCUCCCGCCGCCGGGCUCCCGCUCGAUUGCACAGGUCCUUGAAGGCGCGCGGACGCGGCUUCAGCGGGUGUCGCCGCAGCAAGCGUUCGACGAGCUGCACGACGCGGCGAUCCCCAUGCCAGUGCUUCUCGUCGACAUCCGUCCGCAGGCACAGCGCGAACAGUACGGUGCCAUUAGCGGCUCGCUCGUCAUUGAGCGGAACGUGUUGGAAUGGCGCUUUGACCCGCGUUGUACAGACGGACGGCUGGAGAUCGCGACUCGAUACGAUUUGCGAGUCAUUAUUAUAUGCCAGGAGGGCUACACGAGCUCCCUCGCUGCUGCUGCUCUACAAGAUCUUGGGCUCUUGAAUGCUACUGAUGUCGUUGGAGGGUACAAGGCAUGGAAGGAAGCUGGACUUCCAGUGGAGAUCGCGCCUGUAUGGGUCGCUGUUCCCGAAGUUUGAGAUGGCUUGUCAUCCAAUGUGGUAUCCGUUCUAGUCCAGAUUGGACACAGCACGAUGUGGAAGUUGGUUCGCAGCCCCCUUUGCGCGCUCGCCGAGGCGCUUCUUCAGACAUCCGGCAGGUGAAACAUCUGAUACGGAUUUGAGUCACCUGAUGAGAAAACCUAGACGCGCACAAGCGCAAAACACGCGGCUAAUUGUGAUGGAUUUCCUUAUUGGGCCGAGUUCGAUCGGCUGGCACUCAUGGCGAGCGGGUCCAGUCACCUUUGUCUCUCUUGAACCACCAUCAUCGUUUGACCACUCCUCUGUUCGACAUCUUUUGUCUCCCUGUUCUAUCUCACAAUAACUCACCUUACACGACAAUUGUUGUACUAACGAACCCGCUUUAGAAGUUCUUGACUUAAUUGUCACGCUGUGAAAGAAGAUUCCGCCGCAUCGUUGCUCUAACUAUUCCAGUUGUAGAAGUUUUCUCGCUCUCUUGUACUUCGUCAAUCUCUGCUCUCCCGAAUCAUACUUCUGUCUUAACAUGUC